ACUUUCCUUCAUCCCAUGGUCUCUCUUUUCCACAAACCCCUCAGUAUUUUCUCUAAACAAGCAGCUCAUCCAGCAAUUCUCUUCCAAGUUACGAAGGAAGUUGAUGAAGGGUAGAUUUUGGUCUGAUCCGUUUGUUCCUGUGGAAAAUCACUUCACUCUGUUCAAAUGGCUCGAUCUGCAGUAGAUGAGACUUCAGAUUCUGGUGCUUUCCUAAGAACUGCUUCAACAUUUCGUAAUUUUAUUUCACAAGAUCCGAAAUCCCAAUUUCCAGCAGAAUUUGGAAGGUAUCAUCUGUACAUAUCAUAUGCGUGCCCAUGGGCUUCCAGGUGCCUUGCAUACUUGAAGAUCAAAGGACUUGACAAAGCCAUUACUUUCACGUCAGUCAAACCCAAGUGGGAAAGAACAAAGGAAACUGAUGAGCACAUGGGAUGGGUUUUUGCUGCUUCGGAGACAGAGGAACCAGGAGCUGAACCUGACCCUUUGAAUGGAGCAAAAAGUAUUAGAGAACUUUACGAGCUUGCUAGUACAAACUACACUGGAAAGUAUACUGUUCCUGUACUAUGGGAUAAGAAACUCCAGACAAUUGUUAAUAAUGAGAGUUCAGAGAUAAUCCGCAUGUUUAAUACUGAAUUCAAUGAUAUAGCAGAGAAUGCAGCUUUGGACCUUUAUCCUCCUCACUUGCAAGCCCAAAUUAAUGAGAGUAAUGAAUGGAUAUACGUUGGGAUAAACAAUGGUGUCUAUAAAUGUGGGUUUGCAAGGAAGCAAGAGCCUUAUGAAGAGGCCGUGAAACAGUUGUAUGAAGCUUUGGACAAAUGUGAGGAGAUACUUGGCAAGCAACGGUACAUAUGCGGGAACAAACUGUCUGAAACAGAUAUUCGAUUGUUUGUCACCCUCAUAAGAUUUGAUGAGGUAUAUGCUGUCCACUUCAAGUGUAACAAGAAACUGCUACGUGAGUACUCGAAUCUCUUCAAUUACACCAAGGACGUUUUUCAAAUGCAUGGGAUCAGUAGUACAGUCAACAUGGAACACAUCAAGCGGCAUUACUAUGGAAGCCAUCCUUCUAUUAAUCCAUUUGGCAUCAUUCCUCUUGGACCUGAUAUUGACUACUCUUCUCCUCAUGACAGAGAGAGGUUUUCUACAUAAAUUGUAAAUGAAUGCAGACUACUGGAUAAAUGGUUUUUAUCUUGAAGUUAUAAGGUUUUUACUUUGGAUAAUCACCUGAAGCCUUCAUAUAUCUUGAGGGAAAAUAGAUUCUUCAAAAAGGUGCGUAUGAAUAAUCGUAGACGAAUGUGUGUUAUAA